CAGAUAACUUUGCGAUCACUUCACCUUUUCUACUACGGGUUGGUUAUCUGCAAUUAUUAAGAUAUGCCAACCAUGUGUGUAGCUGUGGGUUGCCAUCAGAAGGCAAAACCCGGGUCGUAUGUGAAGUUUUAUACUUUUCCUCGGGAUCCUGUAAGAAGAAAACGAUGGAUUUCUGCAUUAAAGCGAGAGGGAUGGACGCCAGCUCCACACAGCAAAUUGUGCAGUAUGCACUUUAUUUCAGGCAGACGGAGCGACGACCCUCUGUCCCCAGACUACAUACCAUCAUGGUUUGCACAUACCACAACGGUGGAGAAGGAAAGGUCAAUGGCUGCUAUGAGAAGAUACAGACGGAGACAAGAUGCUCUUCCAAAGAAAGAUGGGAUUUCACGAUCUUUAUUAGCUGACCCAACUACAGCGGGUUCUUAUAGAAAUGGAUUCUUACCCUCCAGCUCAGACAAAGACAGGCCAGUUUAUUCAUGUUAUCCCUCCCUGUGUGAGGAGUACGUAAAGAGAUCUUUCAUGGAAGUCCAAACAUUAUCAAGAAAUGCCAUAUCAUCAGCACCUGAGGUGGCUGCCACCCCAUCUGCAAAGUCUGGGAAUAUUGAAACAGUACAUCCCACCAGCUUCCAUGAACAGUAUUGUCUGCCAGAGAGCAUCCAGUGGAACAAAGGAGCAUGGGAAAAAGUGAGCCGAGAGAAAUUUCAGAACAAAAGGAAAAAUCGCUACAAGCACACCAUAAAGGUCCAUGAGAAGUGGGAGUGGCUGGGCAUGGAUCUGAAGGGCCCUCUCCCUGCGUCGCAGAACGGACACAAGUUCUUGCUGACCGUGAUGGACUAUUACUCCAAGUGGGUGGAGGCCUACCCCAUGAAAUCAGAGUCUGCUGGAGAGGUGGCGCUGAACAUCAGAAACCUCACCUAUCAGUUUGGGUGGCCCCUCCGAAUCCUGUCACAAAUGGAGAAGGCGUUCAUUGAGGAGGUGAAUAUGGAGCUGAGCACAUUACUUGGGGAGCAGGUUUGCUCUCUCGUGGUCUUCCACCCAGAGGCCAGCAUUCGGGACACGGUCACGCAGUCCUUUAUAGACAGCAUGGUGUCAGAGCUGCUGAGGGACCAUCAGGAGAGCUGGGAUGUUCAUCUCCCUGCCAGCCUGUUUGCUUUACGACUCCGGCAGCACCCCGGCACCGGACACAGCGCCUUCUACAUGCUCUACCGCAAGGAGCCCCGCACCGACUUCUCCACAACCACCCAAGAGCUGCCUUUGCGUGAGGACCUCAUAAGCAGCAGCGGUCUUAAGAUACCUGAGGUGAAGUUCAUCUCCAGCAUCAACCACCGAGACCCAGAUCCCCCAGGUUCGGAACACAACAUUCAAUCAGUUUCCCAGAGUGAUGUCGGCGACACGCUGGCGAGAGACAAGCAGCGGCCCGUCUUCUUAGUGACCCCUGUGCCCCUGGCCUCUGCCAACGCUCAGCAGAAGGGCAGAACUACACAGGAAGGCCUGGCAGAGUCCCCACAAGAUCAGAGGGAUGAGAAUACUGCUGUUAUGGAAAGACAGAGACAGCCUCGUGGUGGCAAUAUCCAGCAUCCAACAAGGCGGAUCAUCCUCCAGAGGAUCCACCCUGAAGACUAUGCGCUCAGCAUAUAAUCAGGAGGAGAGGUUCUCUGGGACAGGAUCUCUUAGGGUACGGAGGUAGAGUGGGGUGAGAACUUGCAGAUGGAGGAUGUGGACCACACCUACAUGUGUGCAGCCUGCAAGGAGGAGACAGAGAACAUGGAGA